AUGACGAGUCCGUUAAGGGAAGACGAGAAACACGAGCGCGCGAUUCGAGCUCUUCUUAGGCUCGAACCCAAUCGAACAUGCAUUAACUGCAACAGUUUGGGACCACAAUAUGUGUGCACAGAUUUCUGGACGUUUGUUUGCACUAAUUGUAGCGGAAUACACCGUGAACUUACACAUCGUGUGAAAUCAGUUUCAAUGGCUAACUUUACUUCACAAGAAGUUACUGCACUUCAAGAAGGAGGGAAUCAGCGUGCAAGAAAUGUUUGUUUUAAAGAAUGGGAUGGACAACAGCAUUCUUUCCCUGACAGUGAUAAUGUUAACAGGCUCCGAGACUUUAUUAAGCAUGUUUAUGUGGAUAGGAGAUUCACCGGAGAUAGUACCUCUGACAAACGAGUGAAAAACGGUGGUGACAAAGAUGGGUCAUAUGAAAAUAGGAGAGUUGAGGAGGGAGGAUCUAAAAGCCCUCCAUAUGAAGACUCACAUGAACCUUGUUAUAGUGAUAGGUCUAGUCCCGGUGGAAGAAGUCCUGGAUAUGAUCAAGAAAGUAGGCAAGUUGGUAACUAUAAGAGAAGUCUCGGUCGUCCUCCAGUUAUCAAUGAUUGGCAUCGUGAAGAACGUAGAAAAUCAGAUGGAGAUUAUAAGACGGAAAUACCUCUUAGGAUAAGUGGACCUCCCAAACGGAACAAUGGAAAAGCUGCCAAUGCCUCAACACUGACACAGAGAACUGCAUCCUCCGGUAGCUUGGUAUCCAGUAAUGAAAGCCAAGUAAAUAUUAAGCUUGAGACUACUAAGAACCUUAUUGAUUUUGAUGCUGAUCCUAUUGCUUCCACAAUUCCUCAAGCCCAACAAACUAGCGCGCCUCAACCUGUUUUGCAGCCAGGAAAUUCCAGUGAUGACAAUUGGGCCUCUUUUGAUAUUGCUUCUGAGAAGAAAGAAAAUCAAAACACCUCAAAUUUAAAUCCACUUGAAUCCGUACUGUCCCAAUUGUCUUAUUCGACAUCUUUAUCUUCUCAUGCUUCGGGAGUCCAAGGACCUAUUCCAGCAGGGGCUCUUAGUUUUGGCAGUUUAUCAUCUUUCCCAUCCAAUGAUGCUUCGAUGCCAUCUUCCGGACUGGAAGUUGUAUUACCUCAUAAUAAUGUAGGAAAGUGGGCUAGUUCGCAGCAUCAGCAACCAAUGUUCUCUGCUGUAAAUAGUCAGCCAUCGCAUGUACCUUCUGUACCCACAGGACAGGGAUAUCCCAACUCACCAAUGCCUCAUGCAUACCAUCGUGCUUCGAAGCCAGCCAAUGAGGCUUUUAACAGUAUUCUUUCUCAAACUUCUGCUGUAGAAGUAAAACCAAGUGGAAGAACAGAACUUUCUGAAGAUCUGUUCACUGCAAAACACUCUUCCUUCUCUGCUCCAGUUCAAGGUUGGCAGGCGGGUCUUCCCCAGGGCAGGGGCAUCUCAAUGCAAUAUAAUAAUAAUGUGGCGCCCAUACCAAGUUUUUCGGAGCCAUCAAGGUCAACAAAUCCAUUUGAUGUCGGCAGCAAACAAACCCCAGAUCAAGACCCAGGUGUAUGUGACUUUCAUUGA